CUUGCCUGUCAUUCGGCGACAGGGAAGUAAAGAGAGAAGGUCGCUUUUUCCUCGCAGAAAGCGCAUAUGUGGGACAUCCCAGAAAACAUGUCCAGAUCUGAAAUCGGCUCUGGGAAAGUGACUCUUUUCCGCCAAGAAGCGCCCAACGGCUUGACUUACCGCAUCCCGGCCUUGCUGUACCUGCCUUCGGAGUCGGCUUUCCUGGCGUUUGCCGAAAAACGGUCCUCUUUCCGGGAUGAACACGCAGAGUUCCUGGUGAUGAGAAGAGGGAAGAAAGGGGGGAUGUCAGUCCAGUGGGGCCUGCAAGAAUCCCUCGUGACGGCCGCGCUGCCCAACCACCGCACCAUGAACCCAUGCCCCGUGUUCGAGAAGACUUCUGGCACCAUCUUCCUCUUCUUCAUAUGUGUGGAGACCCCCGUCACGGAGUGGCACCAGAUCACAACAGGACAAAACGCUGCCAGGCUGUGCUACGUCUCCAGUCGCGACGGUGGCCGCACUUGGAGCCCGACUAUUGACUUGACCAAGCAGGUGAUCGGCAAUGAUUUAGAAAAUUGGGCCACUUUCGCUGUCGGACCCGGCCACGGGAUCCAGUUGAGCUCUGGUCGGCUGGUGAUCCCAGCUUAUACCUACUACAUCCACGAACGUCGUCCUGGACGUGUGCCGACCUGCUCUACCCGACCUCAUUGCUUCACUUUGUACAGCGACGACGGUGGCCGGAAUUGGACCCAGGGCCAGCUGCUUCGGGAUUUACAGACAACCGAGUGCCAGGUUGCCGAACUGACCCAUUGGGACGAGAGUCGGGUCUUGUAUUGCAGCGCCCGCAGUCCCGACAAGAGCCGGGCCGAGGCUUUUGGGGCGGUUGGCGGAGACCGAUUCGAGAAAUCCUCCUUGUGCAAACAGUUGUGCGAGCCGCCACACGGUUGCCAGGGAAGCAUAGUGAGCUUCACUCCGGUGCCGAUACCCUCCGAUGGGGGCCGAAUGGAAGUCGUCGGUGAAUCAGUCCACCCGUUAGGUCUUGUUUCUUCCUCCAAAUCGUGGCUGGUUUUCUCCCAUCCCACGCAGGGGCACAAGCGUCUAGACUUGGGCCUCUACCUGAAUAUCUCCCCAUUGGAUCAGGGGUCCUGGAAGGGCCCCUGGGUGCUGCACAAGGGCCCCUGCGGAUACUCAGACCUGGCCUUCUGUGAGGAGGGGGACCAGCAGGUAUUUGGCUGCCUGUUUGAAUGCGGCACCACCCGCGAGUGCGAAGAAAUUGCCUUUCAGUUAUUUACGGGUGACGAGCUCCUGAGGAACGUGGCACGGAGCUGCUCUUGCGGCAGUUCUGCCGCAGAGCCACAAUAGUGGCCCCAAACAAUGCUCAAGUGUCAAGGAACAAUGCUCAAGUGUCGAGGGGCCGGGCUGUGGCGCAGCUGGCUAGUAACCAGCUGCUAUAAAUCACUACUGACCGAGAGGUCAUGAGUUCGAAGCCCGGGUCGGGUUAAGCCUCCGACCAUUUAAAAAAAAAAAUAGCCCCGGCUUGCUGUUGACCUAGCAGCCCCGAAAGACAGUUGCAUCUGUCAAGUAGGGAAAAUUUAGGUACGCUUUAUGCGGGAGGCUAAUUUAACUAAUCUACAACACCAUAAAACUGCUCACGAGGAAAAGAAGAGGAAGAACAGCCACCAAUGGACGGUGAAGCAACAGCUCCCCCUGUGGCCGGAAUCGUGAAGCUGGAAAAAUGUUAAAUGCCUCUCUGUCUGUCUAAAACUGAAUGUUGUUUGUCUGUUGGCAUUGAAUGUUUGCCAUAUAUGUGUUCAUUGUAAUCCGCUCUGAGUCCCCUUCGGGGUGAGAAGGGCAGAAUAUAAAUACUGUAAAUAAGUAAAUAAAUACAUUGGUGGGUUACGACGGGUGGGAGCUCUUCCUGCAAAUGAGAAUCAUUUGAAAAGUGGGACUUUGGUUCCUUUUAAAGCAGUGGUUCUCAGCCUUCCUAAUGCUGUGACCCCUUAAUACCGUUCCUCAUGUUGUGGUGAGCUUCCAAUCAUAAAAUUGUUUUCAUUGCUACUUCAUAACCGUAAUUUUGCUUCGUUACGAAUCGUAAUGUAAAUAUCUCAUAUGCAGGAUGUAUUUUCAUUCACUGGACCAAAUUUGGUACAAAUUGUCAGAGUAAUUUAAGCAGCGCAGCAGUAGUUGGAGUCAGUGGAACGCAGAACAAAGUGACAUCCAGAGAGUUUGGCAAAACUAUAUACAAGUUUUACUGAAAGCAGUAAUAAAGACAAACAGACUUGCAGACAAUAAACACAGGACUCUCACUCUAGGCAGACAGAACAGAACAGAACUGAUGCAAUCAGUAAUGCAUACACAUUUGUGUCUGGACACUCCCCAGUUCCAGCCACACAUCAAGGUCAUCACAGCUUAGAAUCAUAGAAUCAUAGAAUAGUAGAGUUGGAAGAGACCUCAUGGGCCAUCUAGUCCAACCCCCUGCUAAGAAGCAGGAAAGAAGCUUCUCAGUAAUUAACUCUUUACAGACUAUAGCACACUCGGGAUGAUGCAAUCAGUAUGCAAUACAAACCAAGACACAAAUUGCAUUUAAACACUACCAAUACACAAAUCCCACAUUAACACAAAUACCUGAUACGCACAAAUUUGAAUACUGGUGGGGUUGAGAAGGGAUUGAUUUUGCCACUUGGGAGUUGUAGUUGCUGGGAUUUAUAAUUCACCUACAAUCAAAGACCAUUCUGAACUCCACCAACGAUGGAACUGAACCAAACUUGGCACACAGAACUCCCAUAACCAACAGAAAAUACUGGAAGGAAUUGUUGGGUUGAGUUUGGGCGUUGUAGUUCACCUACACCCAGAGAGCUCUGUGGACUCAAACAAUCUUGGCAUGAAUACUCAGUAUGCCCAAGU